AUGAUGGAGCAAAGUGAUGUCGAGAGGGAGAGAUUCCUGGAAAGAGAAGAAGAAACAGAAGAGGACGCCGCCGCGCAAGACCAGCAACAGGCAAGACGUGUGGACAGGUGCAAUGGCGAUGGUAAUGACAACCAAUCGAUGCAGUUGGCUUUUUAUUUUUGGCAAGCAGCGCUGGACGAUCAGGAGUACUGGAGCAGGAGGGGCGCCUGCUGUGCCAACUACCUACAACACCUGAGAGCGCAGGCACAGAAGGGGCCAGCUGCUCUCUCCUGCAUUAUUACGUACUUUACUAGCGCACGCAUUCGCGACAAAGAAGGGACGAACGACUCGGCCAAGCGCGCGGAUUUCGCACUCACCGUACGGUACGAGGUAAGUACAUUAGACCCGACCGCGCCACACUCGCCGCGCAUGGCCACUCGUACAAUCCUUGGGUAUGCACGACAAGAACUACAACGCUACCGCAUUCAUCGAUUAAAAAGAUGUCUGCCUGAUCGCUUGGAAUGCAAUACAUGCCGUGUACUGUAUGACGACGCUGCUGGCUGGCUGGCUGAUACUCAGACCUUGGAGCGAAACGUUCGCCGAUCGACGGACGACGUUGUCCAGAGCAGUGAUUAGGCUCCC